GGCAUUUUUUGCUUCCUGAAGCAAAAUUCUAUGCAAAAAUUUUUGCAAAAAUUUAGAAAGCAACUAUUUUUUGUAACCGAGCAGCCACUUCUUUAUCCUAAAAAUUAAAACAUUAAAAUUUUAAUAUAUAUUAGUCGAAUUAUUAUUUAUCAGGAUAUCAAAAUUAACAACAAAAGUUAUUGACACAUGAUUUUAAAACAACUUGAUAAUAGAAAUUUGUUCUGCUGAUUCAGGAAUGAAAUCAAAUGGCAACAAAAACAAAGAGAACAAUAGCAGCAAUACUAAUUAUAACCGUGAACGUUCGCCAAGAAUGCUCUCCCUUAAACACCAACAUAAAAACAGCAGGGCUUGUGCUAUGGAACUUGAUGAAGCAUCAUCUAAAGUUCCUUCCAGAUUUCAGCCUUCUCGUUCACCCAACAAUCCUUCUUUUGCUGGUUUACCGGUUAAUACUCCGUAUCUGGGUCCAUCACUUUCACCAGUCUCUUCACCUCAAUGGAGACUGACUGCCGGCAGCAGCAGCCCUGGAGCAACCACUUCUGGAAGAGCAGUUCCCAAGUCUGCACUGAUUAUGUCUAGGAUUCUUAACUCUAGAAGUACUGGAAUACCGAAUAUGGAACCAGUGCAAACUGGUGCAGAUGCCAAGGAUAUGUUAGAAAAGACCAUUUCAGAUGGUAGAGCACUUGUGGAGCAAUCGGCCAAUUACAAAGUCAUUGAUUUACCCUAUCAGAAGUCUCCAAAACACUCACCUUCAUUGGUUCCAUUGAUAUUGCAGACAGAAGUUGUCGAAAAAGAUGAUGAACUGUUAAUAGAAAUGAAAACGACAGAUUGUAUCUUCAAUUUUGAAGACAUUUUUGAAGAUGAAAUAGAAGAACGAAAAGAAACAGUAAAUGAAAAUAUAAAUGAAUGUGAUAGAGGAAGAGGAGUGGAUUUGAAUUUAACUGAAUCUGUGAUAAAUGAGGAGCCUGAUUUCUUUAUUGAAGGGAAAAAUACUAAGCCUGAAGGGAUAAUCAAAGAGAAAAAAGAAGAAAAACAAAGGGAAGGUGAAAUACAAGGAGGAUCAGAUAUAGCAAUAAAUGUUGCCAAAAAGAAACGAAAUUCUAACGAUGAAAUUAAAGGGAAAAGUUCAUCUGGAAAGAAGAAUAGAAGGGAAAAGGGUCGAAAAUCAAAGGAAGGAAGAGCAAAGGAAGGGAAGACAAAGGAGGAAGUAUUAAAGGAUAAUAAGGUUAAAGAUGAAUUUUUAAAUAAAUCAGAGAAGGAAGUGGAUGUUUCGGUUGAUUUUGCAUUUACAGCUAAAGAUCUCACUGCGCAAGUUGAGGGAAUCAUUUCUACUUCAAUUUCAGGCAUUUCUAAAGUUUUAGUUUCUAAAUUAGUUGUCAUUUUUAGAAAAAUGUUCACUUAAAAGUGUGCCAACACC